AUGGCUUCAUCAGGCCGAAAUACGAGUGCGUCGACUCGCAACGAAGGACGACUUUCUCUUCAAACUCGAGGUAGACGCGCAAAUGGCAGCGCAAUCAUUGAAAAUCCCCUAGCCCAUCUCACGGAUGAAGAAUUGCAGAGGGACGUCCGGUCUUUCGUGGAGAAUCACAUACCGUCUAUUGCAUACGAGGAUCUCAUACGUGCUGCUCGAGUUGCGAAAGAUGUCCGUUUAUAUGACGAAGUUGCGAGGAAAGAAGGAUACCACGUCGAGUCCGACCUCUUGGUGCAACUAACGGAAGAUGAGAAGCGCGCUUUGCGUCGGGAAAGGGAUGUUCCCUUUAGUGAAAGGGGCAUGCGGAUUGUCAUCAUCACAGUUUCCAUUGCCGCUCUACUACAAGGCUUCGUCCAAUCGUCGUUUAAUGGUGCUGGGUUAUACAGAGAACAGUGGGGACUUGGAGAACAACUAAAAAUCAACAGUUCUGAGAAUUGGAAAUUCGGAGCUGUUAACGCAAUACCCUUCUUUGUUGCCGCAGUUAUUGGCUGCCCUCUUGCUCUCCCAAUCAAUUACUGGUUUGGCAGACGUGGAGGCAUUUGUGCUGCCGCAAUGUUGAUAUUCGCGAGCUCCAUAGCGGCAGCUUUCUCAAAAACUUGGUAUUGUCUGCUAGGCGUUAGAGUCUUUAACGGCAUCGGCAUGGGAAUCAAGGCCGUCAGUACGCCAAUUCUAGCCGGAGAGACUGCUGUUGGGUUCUGGCGAGGAUCUGCCAUCUUGCUGUGGCAGUUAUGGGUCGCGUUUGGCAUCAUGAUUGGCUUCGCUUUUAAUGUCAUCUUCGCACAAGCUAAAACGGGCGCAACUACACUGGCUCUUAUCAAUGCGGCACCCAUGGUACCCAGCCUGAUACUCCUGAUUAUUGCCAUGUUCUUCUGCCCUGAAUCUCCCCGAUACCAUCUUACAAGAGGCCCCAACUAUGAUGUCAAAAAAGCAUUCAUCAGUAUGACAAAAUUGCGAAACACUGAGCUACAAGCACUACGGGACAUGUAUCUCGUGUAUAAGUCACUCGAAAAUGAGUCCAUGAGUCUAGGCAAUUUAGACGCCAACGCGUUUCGAUCGCCGGGAUUCUUUUGGGUCAUCCGAGACUUUCUUAGACAGUAUAUGCAGCUUUUUCAGCAGAGACGUUUGUACAAUGCUCUGAUCUCUGCUUCGACUGUGAAUUUGGCUCAGCAGCUCUGUGGAAUCAAUGUUAUGGCUUUCUACUCUGGAUUCCUCUUCACCAGCGUUGGCAGUAGCGGCGAAUACUCGAAAAUAGUAUCAAUGUCGUAUAGUCUUGGCUUCGGAGCGAUCAACUUUUUGUUUGCACUGCCUGCUGUGAGAAGUAUCGAUACGCUGGGCAGACGCAAAUGGCUGCUGGCAACGCUUCCUUUCAUGGCGCUAUUCAUGCUCGGUGCAGGCUUGGCUUUUACAAUUGAGACCCCAAGAAUUAGAAUCGGCGUUGCUGCCUUUUUCUUAUUCAUGUUUUCAGCGGCGUAUUCUCCGGGCUUAGGACCGAUCCCUUUUACUCUCGCGUCAGAAAGCUUUCCUUUGUCCCACAGAGAAGCAGGAACGUCUUGGGCGAUUUCCAUCAAUUUCGCCUUUGCCGGUGUCUUGUCAAUCGGCUUCCCAGUCGUUGAUUCAAGUAUCAAAGCAGCUGGUGCAUUAUGUCUCUUCGCAGUUCUCAACGUCGUUGCCUUUGUUUUAGUCUUUUUGCUAGUCGAAGAGACAAAGCGUCGCACUCUCGAAGAGCUGGACCACAUCUUUGCUGUUUCCAAGAAAAAGUUCAUGCGCUACCAGUUAUGCGACCACCUCCCGUGGCUAAUCCGACAUCGUAUCUUUGGAAGCAAGCAGCCUAAGCCGGAGCUCUAUGAAGACAUGAUUUGGGGUUCAGCAGAUUGCGAAGACUUGUCGCCAUUCCGGGCUGCUGAUGCUAUAGGACGCUAUCAUGAGCCAACAGUCCCAGAGGCGGUGGAAUUAGCGCAGAAUCGCGGUUUUGAAUUCCCCCCCAUCAAGGCGAGGGCCAAAUCCAGCGAAUAUGACUUGAAGGCAACAAACAACGCCGGGCCUGUGAGCACCCGAUUUUAGAUGGGCGUAAUGGGAGGGAUGAAGCGAUGAAGAGAUCUCAUGUUAACUCUGAUAGA